GAUUGACAGCGGGGCCCGGCCCGCAGCCCAUAAAGGCSUGGGCGCGGGGCCGCAGACUUGCGACGGCGUCGGUAGGAGAAGCGGCGUCUGCAGUGCCGCUUCGCGCUCCGCUCCCGAGCUAGCGCACCGUCGGCUCCCCGAUGCCAGGAGUAAUGCUGAAAAGGAGAGGGUUGUUGUGGCUUGCUGUCUUGAUAACCCUGUGGGUUUCUUCAAAUGCUCAGGAUGGUGACAAGGAAGAAGAGACUACCUUUGAUUUACUCCAAGUCAGUAACAUAAACCGAAAGACAGUUGGAGCAAAGUUGUUCCGGGGCCAGGACCCCUCUAUGCCAGCAUAUCGUUUCAUUCGGUUUGACCAUAUACCGCCAUGUAAACCGGAGAAAUUAAAAAAGAUCCUAAAACUAAUACGGCAGAAUGAGGGCUUUAUCCUUUCAUCCACCCUGAGACAGGACAGGCAAUCUAGAGGCACUAUCCUUGCUUUAGAGGGUCCUGGCAGCAGUGAGAGGCAGUUUGAGAUAAUUUCCAAUGGCCGGGCCAACACCCUGGACCUCAUCUACUGGGUGGAUGGCUUCCAGAAUGUGAUUUCCCUGGAAGACGUGGACCUUGCUGACUCACAGUGGAAGAACAUCACCGUGCAGAUAACAGGGGAGAACUACAACCUCUAUGUUGGCUGUGACCUUAUUGACAGCUUCAUCCUGGAGGAGCCUUUCUAUGAGCAGCUGAGAACAGAGAACAGCAGGCUGUACGUGGCAAAAGGGUCCACUCGGGAGAAUCAUUUCAGGGGCCUUUUGCAAAAUAUUCAGUUAAUCUUUGAUACUUCAAUAGAGGAUGUUCUGCGUAAGAAAGGAUGCCAGAAACGCCAGUCAACUGAGGUGAACACCAUCAACGAGAGCACUGAAAUCCUUCACUUGAGCCCUGCUGUCACAACCGAGUACGUGGGUGAGAAACCGGAGAAGGCUGAGUUCUGUGACCGCUCCUGCGAAGAGCUGGGAUCCAUGUUCACAGAGCUCACUGGCCUGCGCAUUGUGGUCAACAACUUGGCUGAUAACCUCCAAAAAGUGUCUGAAGAGAACCAAAUCAUGUGGGAACUGAUUGGUCCUAACAAAACAUUGAAGAACCAGCCUGUUUGCUGGCAGGAUGGCCGUGUCUUUGCAGAUAAUGAAAGCUGGAUUGUAGAUAGCUGUACCAAGUGCAUUUGCCAGGAUUCCAAAAUUGCGUGCAAUCAAAUCACCUGCCCAGCAGUCUCCUGUGCUGAUCCAUCAUUUGUUGAAGGUGAAUGCUGUCCAAUCUGCUCUCACUCUGAUGACACUGAGGAAGGCUGGUCACCGUGGUCAGACUGGACAAAGUGCUCAGUUACCUGUGGCUCUGGGACUCAGAUGCGAGGAAGGUCGUGUGAUGUCACCAGGAGUGCUUGUACAGGCCCACACAUCCAGACGAGGAUGUGCAGCUUUAAGAAAUGUGACCAUCGCAUACGUCAAGAUGGUGGCUGGAGUCACUGGUCUCCCUGGUCUUCCUGCUCAGUUACCUGUGGAGUAGGAAAUAUCACCCGCAUCCGCCUCUGCAAUUCCCCUAUUCCCCAGAUGGGUGGGAAAAACUGUGUGGGAAAUGGGCGUGAAACAGAGAAGUGUGAGAAGGUUCCAUGUCCGGUGAAUGGGCAGUGGGGUCCGUGGUCUCCAUGGUCUGCCUGCACUGUUACCUGUGGAGGAGGAAUUUGGGAGAGAUCUCGCCUCUGUAACAGUCCUGAGCCACAGUAUGGAGGGAAGCCUUGUGUGGGAGACACCAAACAACAUGAUAUGUGCAAUAAAAAGCAUUGCCCAAUUGAUGGGUGUUUGUCAAAUCCUUGCUUUCCUGGAGCAGAAUGCAAUAGUUACCCUGAUGGGUCUUGGUCAUGUGGGGCAUGCCCAGCAGGAUACCUUGGGAAUGGUACUGUCUGCGAGGAUCUUGAUGAGUGUACAGCUGUGUCAGAUGUUUGCUUUAAAGUCAAUCAGGUCCAUCGUUGUGUGAACACAAAUCCGGGUUUCCACUGCCUGCCAUGUCCUCCACGCUAUAAAGGAAGUCAGCCCUAUGGAGCAGGGCUCGAAGUUGCCAAGACAGAGAAGCAAGUCUGUGAGCCUGAGAAUCCAUGCAAGGACAAGACACACAGCUGCCAUAAGUCUGCAGAGUGCAUCUAUCUAGGCCAUUUCAGUGAUCCAAUGUACAAGUGUGAAUGUAGGACAGGUUAUGCUGGUGAUGGACGCAUCUGUGGUGAGGAUUCGGAUUUGGAUGGCUGGCCUAAUAAUAACUUGGUCUGUGCUGCUAAUGCAACAUACCACUGUGUGAAGGAUAACUGUCCCCUUCUGCCUAACUCUGGCCAAGAAGACUUUGAUAAAGAUGGCAAAGGAGAUGCCUGUGAUGAGGAUGAUGACAACGAUGGUGUUGAAGAUGACAAAGACAAUUGUCCUCUUCUGUUCAACCCUCGUCAGUUUGAUUAUGACAAGGAUGAAGUUGGGGACCGCUGUGAUAAUUGCCCCUAUGUGCACAACCCUGCUCAGAUUGACACAGACAACAAUGGGGAGGGUGACUCUUGUGCUGUGGACAUCGAUGGAGAUGACAUUUUUAAUGAAAGAGAUAAUUGUCCUUAUAUGUACAACACAGACCAGAGUGACACAGAUGGUGAUGGAGUUGGUGAUCAGUGUGAUAAUUGUCCAUUGAUGCACAAUCCAGACCAGACUGAUGCAGAUAAUGACCUUGUUGGUGACCAGUGUGACAAUAAUGAGGACAUAGAUGAAGAUGGCCACCAGAACAACCAGGAUAACUGCCCUUACAUCCCCAACUCUAACCAGGCUGACCAUGAUCAGGAUGGUAAAGGAGAUGCUUGUGAUCCUGAUGAUGACAAUGAUGGUGUCCCAGACGACAGGGACAACUGUCGCCUCAGAUACAACCCUGAGCAGGAGGACUCAGAUGGCGAUGGCAGAGGUGAUAUUUGCAAAGAUGACUUUGACAAUGACAACGUUCCAGAUAUGUAUGAUGUGUGCCCUGAAAACAAUGCCAUCAGUGAAACUGAUUUCAGAAAGUUUCAGAUGGUCCCUCUGGACCCCAAGGGAACAGCUCAGAUUGAUCCCAACUGGGUUAUUCGCCACCAAGGCAAGGAACUGGUGCAGACUGCCAACUCUGAUCCUGGAAUAGCUGUAGGCUACGAUGAGUUCAGCUCUGUUGACUUCAGCGGGACAUUCUAUGUUAACACAGACCGUGAUGAUGACUAUGCUGGCUUUGUGUUUGGCUACCAGUCCAGUAGUCGGUUUUAUGUUCUGAUGUGGAAGCAGGUYACUCAGACCUAUUGGGAGGACAAACCCACCAGGGCUUAUGGCUAUUCUGGUGUGUCACUCAAAGUGGUGAAUUCAACAACUGGCACCGGGGAACACUUACGGAAUGCCCUCUGGCACACGGGAAACACCCCUGGACAGGUGCGGACUUUGUGGCAUGAUCCCAAGAACAUUGGCUGGAAAGAUUAUACUGCUUACAGGUGGCAUUUGAUUCACAGACCUAAAACAGGAUUAAUAAAGGUUCUGGUUUAUGAAGGGAAACAAGUCAUGGUGGAUUCUGGACCGAUCUAUGAUACAGCUUUUGCUGGUGGACGAUUAGGUCUUUUUGUCUUCUCUCAAGAAAUGGUCUAUUUCUCUGACCUCAAAUAUGAAUGCAGAGAUGCUUGAGCAAUGGUUGCUGCAUUACCACCAAAGUACUGUAGAUGCUAUGCAACCCAGACACCUCCGUACACCCUGGUACUCGCAGUUUCUAUUUUUUUGUCCUCCUGCCCUCUGUCCUCGUGCUCCACUCUCCAGGAUCCUCCCACCUGCCAGGAGUGCUUCAGCCAUCCCCCCAAGUGCCUUCUCACAGCCAGGACUAAUGAAACCUAAACGUGAACAUCAGACCCGCCACUGAAGCAAAAGUAGAUUGAUAUAUUAGAACACUUUUGUUGAGUGAAAACAGCAAAACUUGUUUGUUUAUUUGCUUGUCUUUUUUAAAGAAUAACGUUUACAUAUAAAAAUGUAAUUACUUAAUGUAUUUAUAUAUAUGGAAAAAAGGAGCGGGGAUGAUGAUUAUCAGUUGUGUUUAAGUGAAGAAAAAUGUGUUUUAAAUUUUUGGGUGUAUGGUUGACACUUCCUUGCUCUGAUCAAGACUGGCCUUUAGUAAUAGAAAUGUUCUGGGUCUAAUUUUAGCAAAGUAAUGGAGGACCACACUGACAAGGAAAAUUACUUUGGAUAUUACAGUAAAGAUCUAUUAUAAACAUUUCUUGAUUCAAAAAGGUGCUUAGUUUAUAAGGCUGCUCUUACUAACAGUCUUUAAAAUUACAGUAGGUAGAAUUGUCGAAUUUGCAACCUAAACUGUUCUCUAAUAGGGGCUGUUUUCAGGCCAAACAGAACUGAACUAKAAACUCUCAUGUGAAAGGGAAGAGUAAUUAAUUUAAACAUCUGAAGCUAUCACUUUUGUCUGACUUUCAAAAAAAUUAUUUCCAGUUGCCCUGUUUUCAUCAUAUUCUGCACUGCCUUGUAAUAAAAAAUAUACCAUGACCAUGUGGAGCGAAAUGAACCUGAACCACUUUUCCACCUCUCCUGCAAGAAGCACUUUGACAUCCUGAAUCCUGAUGUGGGUUUUUGAAAAGGUGGCAAUGCCACUAUUACUUAAUUUGGUAACAUAUGAAUUUAAGGUUCCAUUUAUAAAUAGUUUGUUAGCAUUUAUUUUAAUUAUCACACCAAGCUACCUUCUCUGAUAAUUGAUUUUAAAGCAUAUAAUGCUUUCAGCAAUACAUUCACAAAUAAUGAUAUGUUAAAGCUAUUUUUGAAAGCAUAUCACAGUAUGUAGACAUUGUCAAAGCAUGGCAUACUCUUAAGUAUAGUUUCAUGGAUUAUAGUCGUAUGUACUUU